AUGGCGGAGAAUGCUGCAUCACAAUCGCGAAGGGCGCCGGCCUCUCUACCUACGGAGCAGUCAACCGAAUCAUUCUGGCACUCGGAGCCUUCCUCGCUCCUGAAAGGCCAUCGAACCACCAGAGACUUGCCGACGACUGCCGAUGUUGUCGUUAUCGGAAGCGGCAUGACAGGUGCAAGUGUCGCCUACCACAUGCUCAGCAAGGAUUUCACGCCCAAGCAGCACGAAUGCUUCGACCCGGAGAAGGACAACUUGGAUGUGGUAAUGCUUGAAGCUCGCGAGGCUUGCUGGGGAGCUACGGGAAGGAAUGGAGGCCACUGUCUGCCGCUCCUCUUUGAACAUCCGCACGACCUCAGUAUCGGCCACUUCGAGCUCGACAACCUCCGAGCCAUCCGCCACGUCAUCCAACACAAGAACAUCGACUGCGAGUUCAAGCUCCAGCAACAAGGUAUCCGAGCCAUCUACGACUCUCAACAUCUCGAGAACGUCGAAGCGUCGCUUGCCCAUCUGAAGCAUCAUGCCCCGGACAUUGCAAGCCACGUUCAUCUCGGGACGAGCAAGUCUGAACUGGCCAGCCACCACAUACCCUCUGCUCUGGGUGCAGUGAUCACUGACCCUGCAGCGAAAUUCUGGCCGUACAAAUACGUUGCUGCGAUACUGACCGAUUUGCUGAAUCACCCGAAUUUGUUCGGAAAGUUCAAUCUCCAGACUCUCACGCCUGCCACAUCCAUCACGCCGCCUUCUAUCGACUCGAGCCGAGACAUGUGGAGAGUCUCCACGCGCCGCGGAAAUAUCCAGACUAAGAAAGUUGUCCUGGCCACCAACGGGUACAUCUCAAAUCUGCUCCCCUCCUUCUCCGAUCUCGUCGUACCAGUGCGCGGGCAAAUGAGCGCAUUGAAACCACUGCCAUCGGUCGCUGGAAACGCAAUCUUGAACUCCAGCUACGGCUUCCUCGGUGCUGGCAUCGACGACUACCUGAUCCAGCGGGUAGACAGAACGAAUCCAUCACGAGGUGCCCACCUGAUGUUUGGAGGUGGACGACAGCACGACUAUUUGAGCGUGGGAGCGACUGAUGAUAGCGUCAUUGAUGAAGAUACAGCGAGAUAUCUACGUACUCGUCUGCUCGACGCCUUUGAUCUACCCGAGAAGUCGGGCUCGCGGACAGUGCAGUUCAAAGCGACGCACGAAUGGACAGGCAUCAUGGGUUUCUCGCGCGACGAGCUACCUUGGGUCGGCGCUGUGCCCUCACGACCUGGCCUGUACAUUUCCGCGGGCUACACCGGCCAUGGUAUGCCCAACGCAUGGCUCUGCGGCAAGCACAUCGGCUUGCUGGUCAAUCGCGACAUGCAGCAUCCACACCUUUCCGGCCAAUUACCGAGAGGUAUCAACUCAAUGGACAGCGAGUGGAGCUGGUAUGAUCCAGAGACAAACGAACCGAAGAUGGAUGUGGAGCGGGAGCUGGCGUUGGUCGGGCUGCCAGAGGCGUACGUGGUGACGGAGGAGCGGAUCCGAAAAGCCAUGGGAAUGCUGGAGGUCGAGGCUGCUGACAGGGCGGAUAGAGAGCGAGGCAGAGAGGCGGCCGGUGGAACUGGUGAGAAUGCGAGCCUGUGA